CUCUCUCUCUCUGUUUCCUUUUUCUUCUCUUAUCUCCUCCUCGCUAACAAUGGCGGAACCCAAGCACUCCAUGAUCUCAGACGGAGGCGAAGAAGAAGAAGAAGAAGAAGAAGAAGAAGAAGAAGAAGAAGAAGAUCAACUUCAACGUCCUCACUAGACACCUUCCUCUCCUUCUCUCCCUCUUUCCCUCCCUUCCCUUUUCUAGCGCUCCCCAAGAUCCCCUUUUUUUCCUCUUCUUCUCCUCCAAUUCUAAUCACAAGUUCUACGUUUCUCCGAUGAUGUCGAUCCUUCCUAGCAGUGACACGAUUGAGAUCCGUGAGGUCUGGGCUGAGAAUCUAGAAGAGGAGUUUUCUCUUAUUCGCUCCUUCAUCGAUGAAUUCCCCUUCGUCGCUAUGGAUACGGAGUUCCCUGGCGUCGUUCUCCGGCCUGUCGGUGCCUUCCCUACCACUGCCGACUACCACUACCUCACCCUUAAGGCGAACGUUGACAUUCUCAAGCUCAUCCAGCUCGGCCUCACUCUCUCCGCCUCUGAUGGUUCUCUCCCCGUUUCCCCCUCUUCUGGCCGGCUUCUUGUCUGGCAGUUCAACUUCCGCGAGUUCGACCCCGAGGCUGACAUCUAUGCGCAUGACUCCAUCGACCUCCUUACCUCCUCCGGCAUCGAUUUUCAGAAGAAUUUCGAGAAGGGCAUUGACUCUAUGCGCUUCGCUGAGCUCUUGAUGUCCUCCGGCAUCGUCCUCAAUGAUUCCAUCCAUUGGGUUACUUUCCACAGCGGGUAUGAUUUCGGAUACUUGUUAAAGUUGCUUACUUGCCGGAAUUUGCCUGAGACCCAGGCCGGAUUCUUCGAACUCAUCAAUAUAUACUUCCCAAGGGUCUAUGAUAUCAAGCAUUUGAUGAGGUUUUGCAAUAGUUUGCAUGGAGGGUUGAACAAGCUCGCCGAGUUGCUCGAAGUUGAGAGGGUUGGGAUUUGUCAUCAAGCUGGAUCUGAUAGCUUGCUGACAGCGUGGAUUUUCAGGAAGCUCAAUGAAUGUUUCUUCAAUGGCUCCACAGAGAGGUAUGCUGGAGUACUAUAUGGUCUUGGUGUUGAGAAUGGACAAGCAACUAGUCAUUGAAAGGGAGAAAGGGAAAAAAUAAAUAAAUAAAUAAAUAAAAUUAAGAUUUUGAAGUUGAUGAUGUAAAUGUUUGGAUGAUAAAGCUAGCAUCUUUCUUUCGAUUCAGCCAUCUUCUUUACUGCUUCUAUGGAAGUUGGAGUUGUUAAUUCUCAUUCCAUGACAUGAUUCUGGUUUCUUUGAUGUUAGAUAUGGUGAGUCGUGCAUGGGGGAUGUGAAUUCUUGUCAAUAGUUUGUUAUGGAUAAACUUUGUUAUCUUGAUAUUGCUUGUGAAGAAUACUCUAUUCUCUCUGUC